AUGAGCCCCGACCUGCAACCCGUCAAGACGAGCUUUCUCGUACGCGAGGUGGAACCCGCUAUUGGGCUUGCCAUCGUAUACGCAUCCAUCCGUGACCGGCAGGCCGUCUUCCCCGCGCUCCACCCCGAUGCCGCUUGGAACAGCGCUUUCAUUGGCUGUAUCAAAGACGUCAUCCACGGCAUAGUCAGGCAGCAUCUGCUGCACAUACACCGACCUGGAGUUACUUUCAACGUCACCACUCAACGUCAGGCCCUGGAGAAGAGCGUCGAGGAUACCGUACUCGGGCCAGUCAAGAUGUCGACCGUAACCGUCACUUACGGCGCGAACGAAGAGAAAUGUAAGGCCAAGUCGCUGCGCUUGCGCCCUGAAAACUUGCCCGAGUACGAACGAGCGGAGGCUUAUGUCCUGCAUUCGAUGCACGUAAAAGCCGGCGCGGUUACCGUCGAAGACUUCGUGCAAGCUCCAGACAUGGAGAGCGAGAAAGAGUAUCUGACUACGCAUCCCUGGCGGGUGUCAUAG